AGUUACGGGGGAUCUCCUUGGUUCAGUGGUGACAGCCAUACUGUAGGUCUAGGCUGUCCUAUCGUGCACCUAUCACCAUGGAUGAUUACCCGAUGUACGGGUUGCUCGUGGGGUUCUCCCUUUGGGGGACCCUUUGGCGUUUCAUUUUCCCAUUGGGAUUCUGGAACACGUUUUUGUGUAGGGUAGAGACGCGUACGGGGACGGGUACCACGCCUCACACGGCCGAGCAGGAAGCAAAGGCCGCUGCCAUCCUGAAAGAGAGGAGAGAGAAGAAGGAGGCCAAGAAGAAGGCCUUACUGGAGGCGCAGGCGGCGAAGUUGAAGAAUAUUGAGGAGAUGGCUAGAGAGAAGGAGAGGCUGAAGAAAGAGGAAGAAGCAGAGUUAAAGGAAGUGGAAGAGGAAGAAGAAGAAGAAAUAGAAGAGGAGCUACUGGAGAAAGGAAGAAGAGGAAACAGAGGGGAGUCCAGUGAGUCAAAGGAGGACUUGAUGGAGAAGAAGAUUUCAGAGUGGGUUGCAGGAUUGACCCUGGGAGAGGAUGAGGAGGCGUUAAUGUAUGUGCCCAGGGACGAGCAAGAGGCGGCCGUGCGAGAGUGGGAAGCUGAAGGAGACCCACUCAAGCGGCAAGUGCUUGAAGAUGAGAAGAGGAUGGAGUGGAAGUUUCGCCUCACUAAGGAGAGGAAGAGAAGAAUGGAGGCGGCAACAGAGGCGGCGCAAGAGUUGGAAGAGAUUAGGAAGCAGAGGGAUCAGAUGGCGGUUCAAGUAGAUUUAUUGGGGAAGGUAGAGAUCCUGGCCGAGAACGUGGAACGCCUGGCAAAGGUCCAGGAGGUGGGCUCGCAUGUGACAGCCCGCCUUGAGGGCACUGAACGAUACUGUGUUGGUGCCAUUGAAGGCGCCAAGCUGACUGCCCCAAAGGAAGAGGAAACACGCCCCCGUAGGGAGCCGGUCAAAGUUAAGUUUCUUGAUUCCUACAGUGGAAAGAAGGAAGAAAACUUUGACAACUGGGAGGCGAACGUUAAGACGUACGUGCACCUGCAGAAGGUGUCCCCCGAUGAGCAAGUCCUAAUCGCCAUCCAUGUGUUAAAGGAAGAAGCCGCCAGUUUUGCACGCUCCUUAGUCCGCGCUGCUAAUUGCAGCGACGAUGUGGUUGCGUACUCUGCCUUCACCCCCCUCGUUGACUAUCUUAAGUUGCUGCGCGAACGAUUUGCAGAUGUCUCGCGCAGUGUCAGAGCCUCUGAUCGAUUGCAGACUAUCCACUCUCGUCAGUGGAGGAGUGCCAAGGCACUCAAGGGAGUCAUGGACGAGUUGGUGGCUGUUCCUGACCAUGGGGGCACAGACACCCAAUUGGUCAACCUCUUCUACCGGGCUAUGCCCGAGUCGUUGCGUGGGCACUUCUUUGAGCAGAGCCAGCAACCCACCAUAACCUACGACUCAUUGAGUAGGGGAGUGGUGGCGUUUGAAGCAAAGUCUGUGUCAGUCUCCACUUUCUGGCACAAGGACUUGGAUAAGGGAAAUAAGUGGAAAGGUCGCACUAUCUCAGGGCAAGUGAAGACAAAGGAUAGCCUGGUCCUUACUUUAGACGAGGGUAGUGUCGACGAGAUCCCCUACGAUCAGAUAGAGGCCACUAAAGCUCAUCAGUGCGGCCAGGAUGUGCGCUCCCAGAGACUGAGGAAGCGGUGGAAUGCGUCACAUGAUGAUGAGUUGCGGCUGAUUUUUUUAAGGUUCUUUGCCUCCAUUCUAGAAGGCUAUUGGGACUUCUUGACUGGAACACCAUCGAGUGUUGGAUUCAGCAAGCAGGCAUUUCUCAGGAAGCGGUCUCGCAUUUACAACAGGCCACCAGAGCCAAUGUUGGAGACAUGGCUGAACUCACAGAAUUUUCAGGGAUUUUUGGAGAAAUGUGGACAUGAAAAGAAGCCAAGUCUUCUAGACCGUGCAAUUGAGGCACUUUCUAAGGGUGGCGAUAUAUCACAAGCAUUGCUGAGGCCCGUUGAGGUGCCUGAGAUUGUCACAGUGCAAGAUUCGCGGGCCAGCCAGAGUUCUGGUGAGUGACGAAUGUAGACUUAUUUUCCUCUCACAGAGUCCUUCCUUGACGCGGUUGCCUACCUUUAUGUCACAAUAUCAUUAUGAAAUAA